AUGGUGCACUCGGAACAGAUCAGCUCCGAGGGCCCCUACGCCCAGGAGAAAGCCAGCUCCAGUGACGAUGCUGUCAAGGGCUACAACCAGGAGGUUUCCUCCGCUAUCGACAACCAGAAGCCGGAGGAGCGUCAGCUCCACCGAGCGCUCAAGAGUCGCCAAAUCAGUAUGAUUGCUAUCGGUGGCGCCCUCGGCACCGGUCUCAUUAUCGGCACCGGUUCGGGUCUCGCAAACGGUGGGCCUGCGUCCAUUCUCAUUUCAUAUUCCGUAAUGGGUCUCUGCUGCGCGGCCGUAAUGGCCGCGCUCGGCGAAAUGUCGACUUACAUGCCUCAUCCUCGAGGCUUCGCUGGUCAUGCCACUCGCUUCGUCUCUGACGAGUUCGGCGUCGCUACUGGAUGGAACUAUUUGUUCAAGUAUUUGGUCGUUACCGCCAACAAUGUCAACGCGGCAGCGUUGGUGGUGAGUUAUUGGACAGAUCUUUCCGGAGGCAUCUGGAUCGCCAUCGUGACGGUUCUGAUCAUUGCGCUCAACUUCGGAGGUCCCAAGUGGUUCGGCGAGGUCGAGUUCUGGCUCUCGCUCGUCAAAAUCAUCACCAUGACGGGCCUGAUCAUCCUGCUGCUCGUCAUCGACCUCGGCGGAUCGCCCACGGGCGACCGCAUCGGAUUCCGCUACUUUCAGGACGGCCUCGCCUUCCGACCCUACCCGCGAACCAGCGGCGACAAGGGCCGCUUCCUCGGCUUCUGGUCCACCAUGGUCACCGCCCUCUUUGCGUACACUGGCUCGGAGCUGGUGGCGGUCACAGUGGGUGAGGCGGCGAACCCGCGCAAGUCGGUGCCGUCGGCGAUCAAGAAGACCUUUUUCCGAAUCGUGUUCUUCUACGUGGUCGGUGCUUUGCUCGUGGGAAUGGUGGUGCCCAGCAACGCGCCCGAGCUGCUCGCGGCCAACAAGAAGGGCACCUCGGCGGCGGCUUCGCCGUUUGUGGUGGCCAUCGUGCGUGCGCGCAUCCGUGUGCUGCCGGACAUCAUCAACGCGGCCAUCUUGAUCUUCUGCAUCUCGGCGGCCAACAGUGACCAGUACAUCGCAGCGCGCACGCUCUACGGCCUCGCCAUCGACGGCAAGGCUCCGGCGAUCUUUAGGCGAGUUGACCGUCGUGGUGUGCCCUAUGUGGCGCUGUCGGUUACGGCGCUCUUCUGUGCGCUGGCUUUCAUCAACCUGGCGAGCGGUGGACCGCAGACGUUCUCGUACCUCGUUGCGUCCGUGACGAUGUUCGGCGGUCUCACGUGGAUCUGCAUCCUGAUUGCGCACAUCCGAUUCAUGAAGGCGAUGAAGGCGCAAGGCAUGGACCGCGACUCGCUCCCGUGGAAGUCGCCCUUGCAGCCAUACCUCUCGUACUUUGCGGUGGUGUUCACGUCGAUCGUCGUCUUCUUCAAGGGCUGGAACUCGUUCCUGUUUACAUUCAACUGGCGCACGUUCCUUACCAACUACAUUGGCCUCCCCAUCUUCUUCCUCAUCAUGAUCGGAUGGAAGCUCUGGCACCGCACCAAGUUCAUCCGCCCCGAAGAGGUGGACCUCGUUUCGGACGUGCGCGAGUUUGACGAACAGGACGAGUUGAUCUGGAAGCAGGACGAGGAGAAGAACAAUGCCAUGAUGCACGGCGCACCCGUCUACAAGAAGCUCUGGAUCUACGCCAAGAAUUGGUAG